AUGUACCGACCUGAUCAACGUCGGUCAUGUUGUCCACACUAUACUAUUCGUCUUGAUUCUAGCCAAUUCAAGCCAUCUAGAGAUCAACGACAGACCGUCAACCGUUUCAAUAAGUAUGUCAUGGGAGAGGCUUACAUGAAAGAGGCGGCUCGCCUGUAUCCCAAGUCGCGUGAUCAGGCCAAGAAACGGGAUAACCAUUUUGAUCUCGUCGAACGAAUUCAUGAGGCUGAGGAGGCUAACCUAAAGAACCCUCCCGAGGCUGCCCAUAAACUCGUCGUGACUUUAGAGCAUGACGAUUGUACGGAUGAGAAGUUUGCCGUCUACCAGAACUACCAGGCGGUAGUUCACAAGGAGUCUCCGGACGAAGUUACCAAGAGCGGAUUUAGACGCUUCCUUUGUGACUCACCUUUGAGGAGAGAAACAAUGGUGACAUCCGAUGGGCGUAAACGUCGUCUGGGCUCGUAUCACCAAUGUUACAGGCUAGAUGGUAAGCUAGUUGCCAUUGGAGUGCUUGACCUCUUGCCCGAGUGUGUAAGCUCAGUGUACUUUCUUUAUCAUGAGAGUAUUCACCAGCAUGCGCCAGGCAAGCUUGGUGCACUGUAUGAGAUUGCUUUGUCCAUUGAGGAGGGCUAUGGCUGGUGGUACCCAGGCUAUUAUAUACACAGUUGCCCCAAGAUGUGGUACAAGGUUGAUUACUCACCUCAGUAUGUCCUUGACCCUGUCUCAUUGACAUGGGACCCACUGGAUCGAACUGUGCUGGAUCUCCUCGACAAAAAGCCGUACGUGAGCCUUUCGCUUGAAAAGGAACAAGCCUCUCGCGAGAUCGAACAAAGUUCUACAUCACCUGGCAAGAAUACAAAAGAGAGCGACAAAGCGGAGGACAAAGGGUCCGACUCUGCGGCAUCCGAAGAUGAAGAUGACAACAACUGGUUGUUUGCUACUGGGAUGCCUGGCAUACCUCCGAUAUCCACGGUGGCUGGCUGGGAUAUGGAUCAUAUCGCUUUGAAGGUUUCCCCGAGAGCCCCAUUAUACGAAACCUCAGAUCUUGUCAGCUGGGAUGAACAAGGGAUCAAGGAAUAUCCGGGGAUGAGAGCUGUCAUUACCGUUUCGCGUCGCAUCUCUCAUUCAAGCGGCCAAGCGCGCCACCUUCAAUACCGAUCGCAGAGCCUCGUAUACAAACUUAUUCACUGGGUAUUUGCCUGUACCGUCAUCAUCAUGGCGUCCCAGAUAAAUCUCUUCUCGCCAGCUGAACUUGCCUAUCUUCACCAAUCACUCUCUUUACAUCCUCCAAUCCGCCCCGAUGGGCGCACACCGACGCAAUUCCGUCCCUUGACAGCAGAGACGGGCGUUCUGCCUGGCACAAACGGCAGCGCGCGCGUACAUUUCGCUGAUGGUACUGAGGCCAUUGUAGGAGUCAAAGCUGAGAUUGAGAAGACUGGAGGAAGCGAGGAGCAGCAGGACGAAGAUCGAACGAGGAGUGACUGGCUCGAAUUGGCAGUCGAGAUUCCAGGACAGAGAGAUGAUGAAGCCUCGACAAUAUUUCUGGCAGAGAUGUUGAGAGAGGCGCUGUUGGCGGAUAAUGAGUUUGCCAAGAAAUUGAGAAUCAACAGACGGUUUCACUGGCGACUAUAUCUCGACGUUCUACUAAUAUCUCCUCCACUGUCAUACCCUCUCCCACUACUAUCACUUACAACACAUCUUGCUCUUUUGGCAACACGCCUGCCCCGUCUUAAGUCGGAAGGCGACGAGGAUCCCAUGUUUGACGACGAUUGGGAGGCGUCGACUUUCUUGUACCCUCGCGAUGGUGCAGAUGCGGCAGGUUCACGUCCACCCAUCACACUUCUCGUUGUUGCGAUUGGCGACAACACUAUUUUCGACCCUGCAAAGGAGGAGCUGGCUGUAGCGGAGACAGCGCUGGCCGUAUCUGUGGCGGAGGUCCGUCGAGUCGCGACUGAGGGCGGCAUGGAGGUUGACAAGAAGAGCCGCGAGCUCAAGUUGUUGUCGAUCCGAACUAUUGAUCCGCCAUCAAGGCUCACACCGCCUGGAGUACCGCAUACGACCAAUGGAACCGCACAAAAGGGAGAGGCUCAGACAGCUGAGGGCGUGUGGAAGGCACCAUUGGGUGGAACGAAGUUUGGAGUAAUGGACAGUAUAAUACAAGCUGUUCUGGAGAAGGGUGGUGUUGCGGAUGAGGUUUUGGAGGGCUUGGAGGGUGUUGAGCUCACAUGA